UGCCCCCAUUGUCCACGCACAGAAGAAAAUGUACACCACUACUUGUUAACAUGCCCUCAAUACCGCCAAGAGCGUCACACACUCGUUCGAGCGCUAGGAAGAAAAGCAACAUCCAUCCCAUAUCUAUUAACAGACAGCGAAGCCACACCGCACCUUGUACAAUACAUAAACGCAACUGGAAGAAUGAAAACCACAUUCGGU